UAACUACAAGGGUAUACGUGGAGCAGACUCGACAGAUGAAUUUUUAACGGUCUUAACUUUCUGCUUAGUCUUCCAGUUUGAAGUCCAACCUUCUGUGUCUAUUAGAAAUGUCUUACAGUUUUAAAAUUCUAUCUGGCUUUCUGUUGCUUGUAAGCGCUGCCAGUGUAAUGAGUGACUGUGUUGUGUACACGAAAGUGUUUCAAUUUGUCGGACAGAACAUCACAAACUCUUCGCAGGCCUGCCAAGACUACUGUGUCUCCCUUACAAAAUGUAUAUCGUAUUUAUUAUACGACGGAGAAUGUGUUGUAGCCGAGGUUGGAGUGGAUGCUGCUGUGGAUACAAAUGGCACUGGAUAUGUCGUUUGUGAUGAGAUACUGCCAUCUACGCAAAACAUUUCGAGCAAUACCACCUCACCUACUGGUGAGUGUGUUGUGUACAGCAAGGUGUUGCAACAUUUAGGACCAGACAGUAGCAAAUCUAUUCAGGGCUGCCAAGACCUCUGUGUUUCUCUAUCCACAUGUAUAUCGUACGUCUUCUACCUGGGAGAAUGUGUUGUAUCGGAGGUUGGCGUGGACGGGGCUAUGGAAACCAAUGGUUUUGGAUAUGUCGUAUGUGAUGCCAUACGGCCAACAACUGCUUUAACAACCACGGCAGGGAGCACCACCCGCAGAACACCUAAACACCACCACUGCAAGCACCGUAAACAAAACUAAGGCGUUUCACCGUGGAUGAAGCCAGUGGCGUAGCGAGGUCGGGUGUCACCCGGUGCGGCACUUAAUGGUGUCACCCCCAGCAGAGGCGUAGCGACACUUCCCGAUUUGCAACCCCC